AGCGACGGCGGCCGGGAGGCGGAAGUGGAAGUUGUUGUGGCUCUGUGAGCUGUGCGAGGAGCUGCUGCUGCUGAGGCGGCGGCGACCGCGUUGAGGCGGUGGCGGCGCUGCCAGCUCCGGGCCGUUCGGCCUCUCGGCUCGCCUCCCAGCCUUUCCUGAGCCAGCCGGAGCCCGCGCCGGCCAGCGCCUGCCCUAUGAGUGUGUCACUGGUUGUCAUCCGAUUGGAGCUCGCGGAACACUCGCCAGUCCCUGCCGGCUUCGGCUUCAGCGCCGCGGCGGGGGAAAUGUCUGAUGAGGAGAUCAAAAAGACAACACUAGCUUCAGCUGUAGCCUGUUUAGAAGGGAAGUCACCAGGAGAGAAAGCAGCAAUUAUCCAUCAGCAUCUCGGCCGUCGAGAAAUGACAGAUGUGAUCAUUGAGACAAUGAAGUCCAUCCCAGAUGAACUAAAAACUACAGUGGAAGAAAGGAAGUCUUCAGAAGAAUCCCCCACUGCCCAAAGAAGUAAAGAUCACAGUAAGGAAUGCCUAAAUGCUGCCCCCGAUUCUCCAUCCAAACAGCUUCCAGACCAGAUUUCAUUCUUCAGUGGAAAUCCAUCAGUUGAAAUAGUUCAUGGUAUUAUGCACCUAUAUAAGACAAAUAAGAUGACCUCCUUAAAAGAAGACGUGAGGCGCAGUGCCAUGCUGUGUAUUCUCACAGUCCCUGCUGCAAUGACUAGUCAUGACCUUAUGAAGUUUGUCGCCCCAUUUAAUGAAGUAAUUGAACAAAUGAAAAUCAUCAGAGACUCUACUCCCAACCAAUAUAUGGUGCUGAUAAAGUUUAGUACACAGGCUGAUGCGGAUAGUUUUUAUAUGGCAUGCAAUGGCCGCCAGUUCAACUCAAUAGAAGAUGACGUUUGCCAGUUAGUGUAUGUGGAAAGAGCUGAAGUGCUGAAAUCUGAAGAUGGUGCCAGCCUCCCGGUGAUGGACUUGACUGAGCUCCCCAAGUGCACAGUAUGUCUGGAGCGCAUGGAUGAGUCUGUGAAUGGAAUCCUCACAACAUUAUGUAACCACAGCUUCCACAGCCAGUGUCUACAGCGCUGGGACGACACAACGUGUCCUGUUUGCCGGUACUGUCAAACGCCCGAGCCAGUAGAAGAAAAUAAGUGUUUUGAGUGUGGUGUUCAGGAAAACCUUUGGAUUUGUUUAAUAUGUGGCCACAUAGGAUGUGGACGAUAUGUAAGUCGACAUGCUUAUAAGCACUUUGAGGAAACGCAGCACACGUAUGCCAUGCAGCUUACCAACCAUCGAGUCUGGGACUAUGCUGGAGAUAACUAUGUUCAUCGACUGGUUGCAAGUAAAACAGAUGGGAAAAUAGUACAAUAUGAAUGUGAGGGGGAUACUUGCCAGGAAGAGAAAAUAGAUGCCUUACAGUUAGAGUAUUCAUAUUUACUAACAAGCCAGCUGGAAUCUCAGCGAAUCUACUGGGAAAACAAGAUAGUUCGGAUAGAGAAGGACACAGCAGAGGAAAUUAACAACAUGAAGACCAAGUUUAAAGAAACAAUUGAGAAAUGUGAUAAUCUGGAGCAUAAACUAAAUGAUCUCCUAAAAGAAAAGCAGUCUGUGGAAAGAAAGUGCACUCAGCUAAACACGAAAGUGGCCAAACUCACCAGUGAGCUCAAAGAGGAGCAGGAAAUGAACAAGUGUUUGCGAGCCAACCAAGUCCUCCUGCAGAACAAGCUAAAGGAGGAGGAGAAGUUGUUGAAGGAGACCUGCGACCAAAAAGAUUUGCAAAUCACCGAGAUCCAGGAGCAGCUGCGUGAUGUCAUGUUCUACCUGGAGACACAGCAGAAGAUCAACCAUCUGCCUGCUGAGGCCCGGCAGGAAAUCCAGGAGGGACAGAUCAACAUCCCCAUGGCCUCAGCCUCAAGUCCCGCCUCUUCUGGGGGCAGUGGGAAGUUGCCCUCCAGGAAGGGCCGCAGCAAGAGGGGCAAGUGACUUUCAAAGCAACAGACAUCCCCAAGACUGUUCUCCCUGGCACCAUGAGGGCAUGCUGGGACCUUCAGCUAAAUGUGAGGGUGGGCCCUAAUAAGUACAAAUGAGGAUCAA